AUGGCUUCAGAAACAUUUGUUCUGCCGGGGGACUCGAUAAACCCGUCAUUAAUACCUACACAUCCGAAAAAGCCGCUUCGUCUCGGCCCUGGGCUCCGUCACGUGCCUCCAAGCGGCAUCAUCCCUACCGUAGCUGGCGAAGUAGUAACAGAACACCAAAAGAAUGCGAUGCGGGUAGAAAACGCGGGUGGAAGAUAUCUCCCCCGAGUAGGCGAGCUCGUCAUCGGAACCGUUCACAAAAGCGCCGCCGAAGUCUACUAUGUCGCCCUCUCCGACUACACUGCUCCUGCCCUCCUCCCCCAGCUCUCAUUUGAAGGCGCAACGAAAAAGACACGGCCUGUGCUUACACAAGGUGCCCUGGUGUACGCACGCGUUACAAUGGCCAACAAACACAUGGAUGCGGAGCUUGAGUGCGUAUCGUCAUCGACAGGCAAGGCAGACGGCCUCGGCCCACUGAACGGCGGUAUGCUUUUCAAUAUAUCAUUAGGCAUGUCGAGACGUUUGAUGAUGCCAAAGGUUGCCCAGGUUGGAAAGGUCGUCGUGCUUGACGAGCUUGCCAAUGCUGGCCUACAGUUUGAGACGGCAACAGGAAGAAACGGCAGAUUUUGGGUGGAUAGCGACAAGCCUGGUACGGUGCUCGCUGUUGGCCGCGCUAUAAAAGAGACGGAUGAGAAACUUCUCGAAGUUGAUGACCAAAAGAAGCUGGUCAGGAAAUUAAUCAAGGAGCUCAGUUGA